GAAUAUGUCGUACCGUAAAGGCAGUAUUCCCCACUCUCCGGAUCUUCCGCGGAGAUCUUGUAACCUGCAAGAAGUACUGACGACAAGCAGGAGUACCGACUUUGCGGAUAACAUUCUUCGUGUGGCGGUAACCGCGGUCAGACUUAUCCAAAGUACUCUCUCAAGUUCACCAAGAGCACUUCUAUAAAUCUCAAGGCCAAGGGCAGUGAGCCGUUGCACUUAAUGAUAAUACUGUAGUUAGUGCCAGUGUUGAGGUCUGUAACUUUAAUCGAUAAAUCACCAGUUAAUUGUCGGCAGUACCUGCCAGCCAGAUCUGCAAUUUCCUGGUGCUAAAGUGAAGUGAAGACAACUUCUGCCGAAAUCCAGCUCCGAUUUUCACAGAUCAAUCAAAGAUUUAAACAACUAUGAGCCACUUAAAAGAAUUACUUUUAAUUCUCUUGGUCAUCGCCCUGCGAAACUGUGAAGCUAACCCCACUGCAGAUCAAACUGGAGAAGAUGGCUCCACUAACUUGCUUGGAAAAUCACCGUCUCCGCUAGACGAAUGCGACUCGGAAAUGAUUGGAUUCGAAUUAAUCACAGGCUACGUGUUCUCUUCGCCCAACAACGUCAUAGACUCCAUUCCAGGAACUUUGAUGCUAACUGACUGCCUGGAAACAUGUCAAGGCAACGAAAGUUGCCAGUCUGUGAAUUAUGAAACAGGACUUUGCGUUCUCUUCGAGUCCAAUGCUGAUCUUCUUCCCGGUGCCUUAACCAAAUCUCAGUUCCCAGUGUUCACCAUUUACGCCCAGAAGAGCUGUUUGGGUGUGAAGCCGUGCGAAAGAGCAUGGUGCAUUGAUCGAGUACAAAACUACCGACUAACUAAUUACGUCAAAAGUCAACAAAUCGUCGGUUCGAGACAGGAGUGCUUAGAACUUUGCUUAGGAGAAACGGAAUAUGCGUGCAGGUCGGCUAAUUACAACAACGCCACAGGAGACUGUGAACUGUCCAGUAUGGACCGUCUCACUCUAGCUGGAAGCAGUUCAUUCGUGACUGCUGAGGGAUAUGAUUACAUGGAAAACAACUGUAUCGAAGAACCGACCAAAUUAUGUGAAUUUAAGAAAUUAAAUGGAAGAAUUUUGAAAACCGUUGACUCUGUAUAUCAAGAUGUUGGGUCCGUAGACGAAUGCAGAGAAUUGUGCCUUAGCUCUCCUUACAGAUGCCAUUCUUACGACUAUGGCGACACUGGUGAAAUGGUAUGCAGACUUAGCCAUCAUUCCAGAGCUACUUUAUCAGACAUUCAGGAACCGUAUCUCGAAGUGCCAGAGGCAGCAACAUACGAACUCAGCUCCUGCUACAAUGUCAGUAUCGACUGUAGAUCCGGGGACAUGGUGGCCCGGAUUCAAACCAGCAAACUUUUCGAUGGAAAAAUUUACGCUAAGGGGAGUCCAAACUCUUGUGUACGCGACGUUAACAACAGUUUGGAGUUCGAGCUGAGCAUGGCUUAUGAUAACUUGGAAUGUAAUGUACGGAAAAACGGCCUUGGAAGGUAUGUGAACGACGUUGUCAUCCAACAUCACGACAAGAUUGUGACCAGCAGCGAUCUAGGCUUAGCUGUUACAUGCCAAUACGACCUGACCAACAAAAGUGUUACAAAUGAGGUUGACCUGGGAGUCCAAGGAGACAUCAAUAAUGUCGCAACGCAUGACAUUAUCGUUGAUUCACCGAACGUGGCUAUGCGAAUCACUGACAGAAAUGGCGAAGACAUGAUGCAAUCUGCGGAAGUGGGUGAUCCUCUGGCUCUUAAAUUCGAAAUCUUGGACAGAAACAGCCCCUACGAAAUAUUCGUCCGUGAAUUAGUAGCCAUGGAUGGAGUUGAUUCCAGCGAAAUUGUUCUUAUCGACUCAGACGGUUGCCCCACAGACCAUUUCAUCAUGGGGCCGAUUUACAAAAGUGCCCAAUCAGGAAAGGCUUUACUAUCGCACUUCGAUGCAUUCAAAUUUCCUUCGUCGGAUAUGGUACAAUUCAGAGCACUUGUCACCCCUUGUAUGCCAUCAUGUGAGCCAGUGCAAUGCGAUCAAGACGACUCUGAGGGACAACUUCGCUCAGUAAUCUCAUACGGAAGACGCAGGAGGAGGAGGUCCACAGACCAAUCGCAGCAAGACCUUUUGCUGCAGCAAACUAUCCAAAUCACCGACAAAUUCGGAUUCCAAAAGGAUGGCAAUAAAACUGCGUUGAAAGAAUCCGUUUACAUUAGCGAUGAUUUUAAUACUGGUUUAUGUGUUAAUUUGCCCGCCCUCAUGGUGGCAACGAUCAUUUUCUUAGCAACUCAGAUAGCUAUUAUAGCAGUCUGGACCUUCAUAUGUCAGAGAAGGAAAGUAAGCGACAAGCUAUGCCAAGAUACAAUUAGUAUUCCGUCGCAACUUAGUGCCAGUCGCACGGACAGUCUGUGCAAACUCUAUGAAAACGGCUACUCACACUCACGUAGAUUCUAAGCCUCUUCUCAAGCUCCUGUUUGUGUAUAGAUUUAAUGACGCGCCAAUUGUCUUACCUGCGACUGGAACCACAUCAGCCAAUUCUUGCUUAAUUUCUUGGACAAUUUCAACGAAUUGUUAGUUUUGAAGCUGCUUUGAUACACAAAUGGUUUGCUAUUAAAAUACAUUCGGAGCACAACUGGCCUCGCCCCGGUUGAAUAGAAUCAAUACAUUAAUGACUAAUUGUAUUCAAUUGUUUUCUCGGAAUUAUUAUUCUAAUAAAAACGGAACUUGAAUGGUCCGUUAGCCAAUACUCAGAAAGUGCAUAUCUUCGCCUGUUCACUGCAUAUUUUGUAAUAGACAAUACGUGUGAUCAGCUUGCGCGAUGGACUUCCGUUUGAAUGUUGAACAAGCUUGAAUUUAUGGCGCUUUAACCCGCAAUAUCUACAAGUCUGAAGUCUCGACGCGACCGAUUAAAUAUAUAUUAAAAUUAGCUCUUAGUUAAAUAACUACUUUUAAGUAAUCGAUUUUCUUAAUAAAAUACUCAACCGCUUUCCAAUGGUAUAGGACCUAUGAUGCAAUAUUUAAAAUAUGAAACAAUUGUGGGUUAAAAAUUAUCGAGAAUAUAUUAAACUGGCGGUUUAAAAUUAACUAGCCCCAAAAUUUCCUAGAAGCAAAAUGUUGCAAAUCUCGAUACUUUAACCCAGAUUGGCGUUAUUUAAGCAAACAUUUAAACAGAAUAUGCCAUAUAAGCGAGCGCAGCUUUUCAGCAAAUUCUGCUUAAAUAAAAACAUAGUUUAUAGUCAAAGUACAGAGAACAGAGCAGGAUGUCGAAUCCACGAGGAAUAAAGGACGAUCGAGUGAGAUUGAAUGUGUGACUGGUGUGUGUAUAUUUAAAAUGUUAAUUUAUGGUAGCUUGUCCUUUAAGCCAAGUGGAUUGCUGGAUAGGCAGGGAGGUAACACUACCAUAAUUUUGUGCAAACAAAUCUCUGACCUUAAAUCGACGUCCAAGGUUAUCAAAAAUACCAUAACAAUUACUAAGUAAUAUAACUGUAGGCAAUUUUUUUAAGCGGACAGUAAUUUUAAGUCAGCUUUUCUGCUAAAAUAUUUCGAAAUAUUUUUAUAAUCAAAUUCAAUCCAAACAUAUAAUUAAUAUAAUCAC